AUGAAUUCUAUCUUAGUGGCCAAGUGUAGCCUCACCGAUGUUUUCGUGUUGCGCGCUUGCAGUCAGUUGAAGAUUGUUAUGCCGCUACUGGACAAUAUCAUUGACGAGGAAAACGAGAAGAAAAAGUCUUCGCAGCAAAAUCUCGCUGUCAUCGUUGAUUACCAUUUGAGAGUACUCAGUCUUCAAGUGAAUCGAUGGUUUCUCUUGCCGAUCGGCGCUUGGCCGUUAGCGAAUACAUCGAACGCGAUGUUGAAAAUCCUCGCGAGGCUGCAUGUUCUCGUUUGCGCGACACUGAUAUUCGUUAUAAUGUUUCCGUGCCUGUUAUACAUUUUAAUAGAGGAGAAGAACGUCAAGUUGAAACUGAAAGCCAUUGCUCCGCUGAUUCACAGGGUUAUGGGCACGGUAAAUUACUGGACGCUUAUCAUGCGCAGCGACGAUAUUCGCAAUUGCAUACGGCACAUGGAAGCGGAUUGGAAGACCGUUCGAAGAGCCAAGGAUCGAGAUAUAAUGAUGCAGCACGCCAAGUUCGGCCGUUUUAUCGCCAGCAUCUGCGCAGUGAUUAUGCAGGGAGGUGCAUGUUUCUUCAAUAUAGCUCAGGCAGUAAAAACUACGACGUUUAUCUUCGACAACGAGACAUACACGAUGCAUCCGAUGACGUGUCCGGUUUACAGCAAAUUUGUCGACACGCGAUUCACUCCCGUGAAUGAAAUCAUGCUGACCGUGCAGUUCAUGUCGACAUUCGUGGCGAGUUGUUCUACCGUCGGCGCUUGCAGUCUGGCCGCGGUCUUUGCAAUGCAUGCGUGUGGUCAGCUGAAUGUGUUGUACGUAUGGCUCGACGAUCUUGCAAAGUAUCAGGAGAAAAGAAGUCGCGAAACUCAACGAAAAUUAGCUGUUGCCGUGGAACAUCAUUUGAGAAUAUUGAGUUUUAUAAAGUGUGUGGAAAGUAUUAUGCAUAAAGCUUCGCUUGCGGAGUUGGCAGGAUGCACAAUAAACAUGUGUUUGCUCGGAUAUUAUUGCAUUAUGGUACAGUUGCUCGAGUCCGUAACGGCCGACUGGAACUAUAGCAUUCAGCUGAACCGAUGGUUUCUGAAGCCGAUCGGCUUGUGGCCAUUGAAUCUCUGCGAGACCACAAUGGAGAAGCUCGGCUGCGUAAUACUGACGAUUGUCAGCUGCUUCUUGAUAUGUUUUCUCCUAAUUCCGUGCACCCUGUGCACCAUUCUAGUGGAUACCGAUCUCGACACCAAGAUCAGAAUGAUCGGUCCGGUCAGUUUCAUCCUGAUGGCCGUGGUGAAGCAGUACAUCCUCAUUGCUCGCAGCGAGAACAUCAGCGAGUGCAUUCAGCACGUGCGCGAGGAUUGGACGCGAGUCGCGCUGGGUCACGAGAAAGAUCGACAGGUCAUGAUAGACAAUGCCAAGUUUGGCCGGUGGCUCUCGAUUGUCAGUGCGAUCUUCAUGUACUCCGCCGGCAUCUUCUUCACCACGCUGAUGCCGAUUAUCGCGAAGCGAACGGAGAUCAUCGACAACGAGACCGUCAGAUUGCUGUCCUUUCCGAUCUACCGUGGCAUUCUCGAUCCAAGAACCACGCCGUCCUUCGAGAUCGCGCAAUUCACGCAGGCUCUCGCCGGUUACGUUAUUUACACGCUCACCAUCGGUGUCUGCAGCCUGGCCGCGGUGUUCGUCAUGCACGCCUGCGGCCAGUUCCGGAUACUCAUGUUGAAGAUGGACGAUCUCGCGGACGGGAGAAAACGGAAGAGCGCCGGCGGCACGUCCGAUGAAAGACUCGGCGACAUCGUGCAGUAUCAUAUUAGGAUACUCAGUUUCAUAACUCGCACCGAAAAGAUCUUGAAUGAGAUUUUCUUCGUGGACGUAGUCGGCUGCACGCUCAACAUAUGUUUCCUCGGAUUCAAUAUGAUGACGUGCUUACAAAUCGGCAUAAAAUCUUACAUGAUAGAUUGGUAUCGCAUACCGAGCAAGGGAGCGCUCGGUUUGACACUAGUAAUGUCCAUGUCGAAUGCCACGAUCAAACUCACAGCUGGAAAAUUCAUGGAUUUAUCUCUGGCCAGUUUUUGCAGCCUCUGCCGUUGGAUUCUGAAACCGAUCGGUAUCUGGUAUCUCAUUUACGAGGGAUCGUCACGUAUCGAGAAGUUGAUCUCGCUGACGCUGAUCUUCGCGUGCUUCUCCGUGCUGUGCUUCGUGCUCGUGCCCGCCGGUCCGUAUACUCUCCUGCGCGAGAAAGACAUCAACAUGAAGGUCAAGCUGUUCGGGCCGGUCGGCUUCUGCCUGACUUCCGCGAUCAAGUACUGCAUCAUGUGGACGCGCGUUGCGGCAAUCGGCAGAUGCGUCGAGCACGUCGAGCACGACUGGCGGAUCGUGCGGCAUCAGGAUCACCGCAGGAUGAUGCUGAGAAACGCGCUAGUGGGCCGUAGACUCACCACGUUGUGCGUCAUCUUCUUGUAUACCGGCGGUAUGUCCUAUCACACAAUCAUGCCGCUGUCCGUCCUGAUCACGACAAACAACAGCCUUGUGGAUCGGCGUCUGGUUUAUCCCGGUUACGAUCUGUACUUUGAUCCGCGGGCGAGUCCGGCUUACGAGAUUGUCUUCUGCGUGCACUGCCUAUCCGCCAUGAUCCAAUACAGCAUCACAACCGCGGCGUGCAGUCUGGCGGCGAUCUUCGCGACUCACGCCCGCGGACAAGUGCAGAUACUGAUGACCCUAUUGGACGACCUGGUCGAGGGAAGAAGAAAAACGGACGACACCGUGGCCAAGCGUCUGUGCGCGAUUGCGAGACAUCACGUGCGAGUGUUGAGAUUUGCAGCCGACGUGGAGGAGAUAUUACGAGAGAUAUGCCUGAUGGAAAUGGUGGCCUCAACUUUAAUUAUAUGCCUGCUCGAGUAUUACUGUAUGAUGGAAUGGAAAAAUAGCGACGCCGUGGCAAUCAUUACAUAUUUUAUUUUAUUAAUAUCUUUAACGUUCAACAUUCUGAUAUUUUGUUAUAUCGGAGAGCUUCUCGUGGAAGAGUAUAGCAAAAUCGGUUCAGCUGCGUACAAAAUUAAUUGGUACGAUUUACCUGGUCAUAAGGCUGUAGAUCUCGUGAUGAUCAUCGCAAUGUCUCAUUAUCCGCCGAAACUCACGGCCGGCAAGUUCUGUGAUUUAUCCCUCAAUACAUUUAGCACUGUGAGUUCCUUAGACGGAGUGUCUGCUUAA